AUGGGUACAAUGCAGCGGAGCGAGAGUAUGGAUGCCUUUUUUGAUGGUUAUGUUCAUGCUAAGAUAAACUUGAAAGAGUUUGUCAAUAAUUAUGAUAAUGCCUUGAAAAAGAAGAUUGAGAACGAAAAUUACGCGGACUUCCAGUCAUUUAAUGUCAUAAUUCCCUGCAUCUCUAGAUCUCCAAUUGAAAAGAGAUACCAAGAUUUGUACACAAACGCUAAAUUUAGGGAAGUUCAGCACCAACUUACUAGUAUUAUCGAUUUGGACCCAGUUUUACUUAAGUCGGAUGUUCAUGCUAAGACCUAUCUGGUAGAGAAUGAAGUUCGUGUUGAAGAUUUCACUAAGCUAGUUACAUAUUCAGUGGAUUUUUGUGAGGACGAUGCAGUUGCCAAGUGGUCUUGUGGUUUAUUUGAAAUGAGGGGGAUAGUUUGCCGGCACAUCUUCACUGUCUUCAAAUGUAAUGGGAUUAAGACAAUACCAGAUAGGUACAUUUUGGAUCGAUGGAGAAAAUACAUCAAAAGAAGAUACACGUUAAUCCACAGCAGAUAUGACGCAGGGGAUCAAUGGAAAGAUGCUAAUAGAUAUUCAAGUCUGUUGAAUAUUUGUUAUAAGAUGAUUACUUGUGCGGUGAGUUCGAAAAAACAUACUGAGGAUGCAACAACUAAGUUAAAUGCAAUGAUUGACCUGUAUGAAGCAGACCAAGAACCUCCAUCGAUGACUGACAAGUGUUUAAAUAUUGAUGGCACAACAAAUGACACAACUACAAUUGGUAGUUCAACAAAAGUACUCAGUCCACGUGUUGUUCGAGGAAAAGGCAGACCUCCAUCUCUGAUGAGAGCAUCUAGGAUGGAGAGAGACCUGCAGAAUAUUAAGGAGAAGACGAAGAAAGCUGCAGAAAAGGAAAAAUGCAAACAGCGAGAUGGGGAAGAUACACCAGUCGAGGACACUUGCAGGAGGCUAUUAGGCCCUUCCGAUUUGGAUUUCUCCAAUGUUGAACACGCGAGGGCUAUUCCAAAAAGCAUACCAAUUGUUGACAUUAGUAGAACCCAGGCCCGAGAAACAUUACUUCAAAGUCAAGAAAGCAUGCAAUUUGUGUUUGAUGGAUCACAACCACGACAAUGAUAUGAUCAUCGUGGAUUAGUAAGCAUGAAGACUGGAAGCAGUCACCUGAACCCAAGAAAUGUAUAGUCACAAUGAAUUUGCUCCGUUUGGCCUGCCCUUGUUUAUAUAUCUAAGGAGUUUUGAGUCCUUGAUGAGCCAAAGUAGCAUACAGCUGUGAGUCAUGGCUUGUAUUCUAAUGCCUACCAAGCAGUUUUUUUCCU